AUGAAGAUAACGGCGAUUUGGGUCUAUCCUAUCAAGGCCCUCCGCGGCAUCCCGCUCCACAAUGCUCAUCUUGGCCCCCAGGGGGUCAAGUAUGACAGACGCUUCAUGCUCUUCAAAGUCGGCGACGACGGGGAGCUGGCCAAGAUCCAGCUUGACCGGUACCCCGAGUGCAGCCGCUUCACCCAGGAGAUUGUUGACGAUGAGAUUCAUGUGCGAUAUCAGCCCCCGAGAGAUCCGCUGGUGCCGCCGCGUCCGGAACAGAGCGUCGUCCUCCGCGUGCCUCUGAACCCUGACGUCUCGGGUCUCGACCGGCAGGUCAUCAACCUUCACCAGGCCAUGGUUGACGCUUAUCGAAUGGGGGCAUAUUUCGACGAGUGGUUCACAGCCUGCUUCGGCUUCCAGACUAUCCUUUGCUACAUCGGUGACGAGCGUCGCCCUGUUUUUGGCACCUUCUCACCUAGAGCUCAGCCCGCUGUCUCUGCUGCGCCUCCCGCCAAACAGGGCUGGCUUCCUUAUCUAUCUAGUUUCGUAUGGGGAGAUCAAUGCCAACAGCAGCAACCCGAGGCGGACUGGCUGGCCUUUUCAGAUAUGGCUGCCUACCUCGUCGUGACCGAAAAGUCACUCGGCAACGUCAACGCCCGCCUCUCCAGCGGUCCCGUGGAUAUCGUCAAGUUCCGCCCCAACAUCGUCGUUGACGGCGAGGGCGAGGGUGAGUUCGAAGAAGAUUUCUGGGCUGAGUUAUCCUUCGGCGGCCGCCCUACCCUAGCCAUGACGAAGCUGUGUAACCGUUGUACUUCCCUCAACGUCGAUUAUGACACGGGGCGGUUCGGUGAAGGCGAGAAGGGCAUGCUCUUGAAGAAGCUCAUGUCGGAUCGACGGGUCGAUGCAGGGUCCAAGUGGACGCCCGUCUUUGGCAAGUAUGCGUUCUUGGUUGAUGGCCUGGACGGAGUUGACAUAUCAGUUGGAGAUGAGGUGGCUGUGACGAAGAGGACGAGCGAGAGGCCAGUGUGGGAUUGGCCGUACAAGGAUAAGACGAUUGCUCGCUACUACCGAUAUGCGUAG